GAGCAGCAGACAGCAAUAUAAGGCCGACAUUGAAUAAUUGUAGUUUGCUUUCUAACUUAUGCGCAGUGAAAUAAGAUUGUAGCAGAAUCAAAGAAGAGGCACAAUACAGUUAACUGUCUGGGUAUUCAACAGACUCAGGAUGACAACCCCAGACAAGUUAAAAACUUUAUUUGAAGAUCUAGGCAAGCCCACUUUGCGGGGAGUGAGAAAAUGUCCGAAAUGUGGGACAUACAAUGGCACUAGAGGCAUCAGCUGUAAGAACAAGACUUGUGAUGUUGUAUUUAAAGAAAAGGAGAAAAAAAGAGGCCACAGUGCAGAUGCUGUAAAGAUUAUCACUGGAUCUACUGUUCAAGUUUUUUCAGUAAGGCUGCGGGAUCGUGGUCCAGACUACAGAGGCUUUGUACAAUUGCCAUUGGUACAAGACCUUGAUGGCAAUCCAGCACAAGUGGUUGAUCCAGCAAUUUUGUCUCAGAAUGCUAGAUGCUUUGUUGAAAGUUGCUCACACAGUACUCCAUUGGGUUCUCAAGAAGAUGCAUGCCCUCAUAUAAAAGCUGCAAUCGACUGCAACCAGGAAGCUCACCCACUGACACUAAAAAAUUCUGUACUUAAUUCUCUUCAAGUGUCAAAUGAUACCAAACAAGCCAUUUGGCUUCUGGCUACAGAGACAACUGGUCCUCUUGUUCAGAGAGUGACAAAGAACAUUAUGGUUGUGAAGUGUAAAGCUACUACAAAACAGCCACUUGGAUUCUUACACUUUUCAUUAUUUGAAACUUCAAGAAAUCGUUCACAGCCAGAGCACAAAUUCCAAUGUAGCUGUAAAGCCUUUAGAAAUGCCAAAGCAGGAGGAAAAGACGACAUGAUGCGACGAUGUGUCCAUUUGUAUGCUUGUGUUUGCGCAUUUGCUAGUGAUGAGAAGCUUGCUGAAGAAUUUGAAUAUUACAUCAACAUGGAUUCUACUGGAGUUGAUGCCUUGGCAGAGUCAGCCCCAUCCCCAGAGCGUCAGAUUGUGACAAUUUAUCAGGCCCAGGACACUGGACUGGACACUGGAGACCCGACUACACUAGAGGUAGUAGUAGCAGAAGAGGAUCUUCUGCCACCAGUGAUGAAAAAACAGAAAAAAGAUGAUACAUUAGUCCAGGCAAGUAAUGCUUUGUUAACGUUACAAGAGGGAAACACACCCGCACCACCUAGUCCAAAGAAAGCUAGUCCUAAUAAAACAGCCCAACUACAGAACAAACCAGCAACUCCUAAUGCCAAAAAGCCAGGUACAGCAACACUGUCUGCUAUUGAAGAGUCUGAGGUAAUGGUGUCAUUUUACCAGUGGCUUGGAAGUGUCACUGAGCGAGUCAACCAGACUAUGCAUUAUCAGUUUGAUGGUAAUCCAGAUCCACUGGUGUUCCAUGCUCCACAGGUUUUCUUUGAUUGUCUACAACAAAGAAUUUCUGUUGGUAAUAGAAAGAAACGACUUCCGAACUUUACAACAGGAUUUGUACGCAAGGAUGCACUUCCGCUAGGAACUUUCACCAAGUACACAUGGCACAUCACUAACAUUGUCCAUGUCAAGCAGAUCUUUGACACACAAGCGAUGCCCCUGGACAUUACUAGAAACUUUGUAGAGAAUCGAGAUGGGACCUAUGAUUUAUAUGAAGUUCCCAAAGUAGAAGUUGAAAACAUUGAUGAGGCUUUUAAAGGGAAGAGUCCUAUGCCUAUCAGGCCAUUUGAGCUCAAGACCUACCUCAAAGUUGGAAAUUCUACAUCAGACCAAAAGGAACCAACUCCAUUUAUAAUAGAAUGGAUACCAGACAUCCUUCCAAAGACCAGAAUAGGAGAAUUGAGGAUCAAGUUUGAAUAUGGACAUCAAAGAAAUGGACAGAUUGAACAUAGAUUAGUUGCCACUCCUUCAGAAAUUCCUGUUCAGACCAUUCAUGUACAGGAGUUAUGAUGAUAAUUGUAUGAAUGAGACCUGUAUGUUAAUUCAGGUUUGCCAGAGGGUUGUGUGCUAGUUUCGUCAAGUUAGAGUGUGUAUGCAUGUGUUAACUAUCUAGUGACAAGUCAUUCAGUAAGAUUUGUGAAGAUACAAGUGUGACAUAGAGAGAAAUGAUACAGGCAAUUACUCCUGGUUUUGAUGAAUGUCAUUUAGGUGUUUGUAUAUAUCUUAAAGAUUGAAAAAUAAUGUGAAACAACAUUUAAAUUUAGUCUCAAUGUUGUAAACAUGUUACUGACUAGUAGUACCAUCAAAAUUGCUAAAUUGUCAGAUGGGAAAACCACUUAUCUGUUUUUCUGAAAUAUCUGUAUUAGGCGUUUGCAAGUUGUAUCCUGAGAUAACAUAGGUUGAUAAUUAAAUAUGAAAAUGUUUAGUAAUUGCUCUGAUAUUUGUUCGGGAGACAGACUUGGAAAUGCAUUUAAAAGAAACUUGAUUGACAUGCUGUCAAGGUGGCUAUACUUGGCACUAAGAAGCUUUCACCAAAUCAAAGGCUUCAUUUACACUAUUAUUUUCAAAGUUGUCUACAUGUUUUAUUGUACUGACGAAAAGUUUAUACUGGUCUGUUCUUGGAUUAAGAAAAGAUCAAUUUUAGUAUGGAAAUUUGAAAUGUCAGAUUCUAAAAUUUUCCAAAAGCUAAGGAAUACAUUGAUAUUAGACUAAUGAAAGAAAAUGUUUGCUUCCCUCGCCAUAAAAUUUAAUGAACACAGACACAAGCUACUACUUGAAUUGUACUUCUCAGGGUACAGUAGAUAUAGACCUGCGCUGUUAAUUAUCAUGAAAGACAGCAAAGUUUUCCUAUAUGAGUAAAUGGGUUUGUGUUCACUUGCACACCUUUCAAACAAUUAGUAUUCCCCAGGUUUUACCAACAGAUCUCGCCACAAAUACACUGUAAUAAAUAUAAAACUCUCCACUUAAAUACUUAACAUUAUUUAAGAGAAUAUUCAUUUAUUGUAAUUGUACUUUGCCUGUGUUUUCUUUUGACAACAAAAUUUCUGCAAUACCUGAAUAUGAGUCAUUCACUUCAUUUUUAAACAAAAGGGAACUAAUUGUUUUUCUUGUUCAAUGAUACGUUAAAAGAUUCACCAACAUCUUCAUCUAAUGACGUAUGUUGAAAUUUAAUUGGAUUUAUUAAAAAUAAUCUGGAGUUAAAUUUAAUACUGUUGUCUAUGUUGUGAAGUUUUUGCUUUCUGUAUAUGUAAGUAAGUACAGCAUUAUGUAUUGUUGUCCCGAGUCUUAGUAAAAUAACAAACUCUUGUAAAUAUUCCUUGCUUUGCAUACUGUUGAUAGUGAAAGCUAGAUAUAAAUGUAAAUGGUGGUAUGGAAGUAAUCUCCAGUGUUGAAAAUCUCAGACAAUAUCCUACUGGCUUUACACUAUAUGAUUCAGUAGCUUUCAUCUACUCUUAUUCUUGAUGUUUACUGUGAUGACUAAUACUGGCAUAGACAUCAACACAAGCCAGUUGAAUCCAAUACUGUAUUGCUGACCAGCUCUACCAGGUUAAAUAAUUUAUGGUGACAGUGACCAACCCAUUUCCUAGCUGAAGAAAGUGUUGGUUGGUUUUUUUUUUAAUUAAAGAAUUAAAUUUGAAAGUGAACAGUUGAAUGAAAUAUUGUCAAGUCUAAUUCGAAUCCAUGCUUCAGCUAGUUUUCUUUCAAAAACAAAAAUCAGGGCAGGUUUUGUCCAUCUUGGGUUAUAGUUCCCAAAUUGGAUCAGUACUCAAAUUGAAGCAUUUUUCUCAAAGGAAAUUCUAUUUCUGUAUUUACAUCACAACUUAAGCUUUCCAAUUACAUGACUUAAGAACACUUUUGGUCCAUAGUUGAUCAUUUUAUGACGUCAAUGUUGUUGAAACUGGCAAAUGUUAUUUGUUUUCACUGUUAAGAAAUGACAUGCUAGGACUGCUUUUGUUCUAGGAAAAUUGGAACAAAUCUGUGCAAACAAAAUAUUAAAACUUGACACAGAUUCUAAAGAUAACCAUCAAAUACUUAUAUUCAUAAUAAAAUUGUUAAUUUUGAAAUCAAAAUACUCAAUUUUUUGAGCUAGGAUUUGGGAUACUGAUGUUUCGCAAAAAUGAAAAAAAAACAAAUUGAUAACGUCACAGCAUUCUUUGAUAUUCUACAUUUUGUGGUACAGCCUAAAAUGUAUCUCAUUCAUCUUCUGAAUUUUCAAUAAACGAAUGAAAUGAUGGCUUGGUUAUCCAAUUUAGAUACCACCACCUUAGCAAAAAUUUAAGGAAGUGAAGAGUGUUUGGUUCUUUGGCAUUUACUGCUGACCUCCAUGCUGUUACGAGAAUUAGAUAUGCAUGAUCCGUAAUAUUUUAAUGUAAAGCAAGGAAUAUAGCACCAACAUGUUGAUGUGUCACUUCAUUUAUCCUCAAAAUGUUUGAUGCAUGUAAACUAAAGAGUUUUAUAUGUAAAUACAGGAAUAGUAACUUAUUGUACUAAAUGACAUGAUUGUCAAUACUCUCCAAUCAAGACAACCUAUAGAGAAUUCAGGCACAGGUGAUUGUGCCAUGUUAAAGUUUGGAUUUACUUUGAGCUGUUAUUAAAAUUUGUUAAUUGUGA